AUGGACCGUGAUUCCCUUGUGUUCCUUGCCAAGCUGGCCGAGCAGGCCGAGCGAUACGACGAGAUGGUAGACCACAUGAAGGCUGUAGCAAACAACCACAACGUGGAGCUUACGGUUGAAGAGCGUAACCUGCUAUCGGUUGCUUACAAGAAUGUGAUUGGUUCGCGUCGUGCCUCGUGGCGUGUGAUCUCUUCCAUUGAAAACAAGGGUGACUCGGAGCGUAGUGAGCACAUUAAGGCCUACCGCCAGAAGAUUGAGGGCGAGCUUGUGGAUAUCUGCAAUGACAUUCUGACAAUCAUUGAGAACAAUUUGAUUCCUAAUUCAUCUAGCGAGGAGGGUAAGGUGUUUUACUACAAGAUGAAGGGUGACUACCACCGUUAUUUGGCCGAGUUCCAGGUGGAUGACGAGCGCAAGGAGUCUUCAGACAAGGCUUUGGAAAGCUACAAGCAAGCUUCGACCAUUGCCAUGGCUGAGCUUCCUCCCACGCACCCUAUCCGAUUGGGUUUGGCUCUUAAUUUCUCAGUCUUUUACUAUGAAAUUCUGAACUCGCCCGACCGAGCGUGCAAUCUGGCCAAGCAAGCUUUCGACGAUGCUAUUGCCGAGCUUGAUACGCUCUCGGAAGAGAGCUACAAGGAUAGCACACUGAUCAUGCAGCUAUUGCGUGACAACCUGACCCUCUGGACCUCAGACCAGGAACCUGACAACACUGACGCUAACCAGGGUGACAUGAAUGUCCAGGACGUGGAGUAA